GCCUCGGGCUGGCAGGACAGGAAAUCCCUGGAGGGGCGUGACUGUAGAUCAGCCAUGGAUCCCUGGGCAGAGCUGCUUGCUGGGCACGCUGGGCUCUGUGGAUCUGGGGGACAGAGGCCUCCCUCGGGACUCCCUGCAGGUGCUUGGUGCUGGCCAGGCUUGAAGGAUGGAGGCCAGCUGGGGCCCAGCCCCGGGAGAGGGUGGAGCCAUAGUGCAGGUGGGGCAGGUGGAGCCUCUGGGCUCAGGUGUAUCCAGGGCUGCGGGAAGUGAAGGCUCCCUAGCCGGCAGAGGCGGAGGAGCCGCGCAGACUGCUGGCCCCAGAAUCCGGCUCUGGGAAGCCGGGUUUGUCUCCCAGAUUCUGCCUCACAGAAAAGCAAUGGAAGAGGAAAGGGUAAGAAACUUCAAAGAACUUCAGGCCAAAUUCCAGAAGCUUGAUGCCAUAUCUCUUCUAGGACCUACUAAAUUCCCAGCAGGUGUUUCUCAGAAGAAUGAAAAAAGUGCACAGUCAACCCAUAUCUUGACCAAUGGGAAACCUUUCUCAUCCAACCACAAGCAGCCCUCACCAUCUUGUUCUGGUGGGGAGUCCUGGACUCUUAAACCCCAGCAAAUGAAGUUACCCCAGAGGGGUGAAGUUCCGAAGGGUUGGAAUCCCCCAGGACCUCUGGGAAAGUCUGCAGUGUGUUCAGCAGAAAAUUCUCGGAAGGUUCCUCUGCUAGUAGAUGUGGACCAAUUCAGUUCUGAGGUGACUGAUGAGAAGGAAGCAAUGGGGGCCAAUAGCUUCAGAGACAAGCUUUGGAACUGGGAAAAGGUUUCAUCUCAGAAAAGUGAGAUGUCAUCAUCUUUUCUUCUUGUCAGUUGUGGAAAUAAGGCCUUCCAUCUGGAAGGGCAAAAAGAUACGGAACUUAGUCCAGAGGAACCCAGGAGAAAGGUGAAAACAGAUGGAUCCAAGACCCUUCCCUCCCGGAGGCAUUUGAGAGCCCAAAGAAAAUCACUUACUGCCUCUGAAGAUGCCUCUUUUCUACUUCAACCUGGGAGGAAGAGCCAGGAAGAGCCCUGGGUUGAAAGUCCCUGCCAGCCUGUCUUUGAGUGUGAGCUUGCUGGCCAGGCCCCAGAAAAACAGCCAAACACCAGGCAUCGCCAUCUUCCCAAAACUAAGCCACUGCCUUCUGUGGAGUCCCUGGGUCCUCCUCCCCCGAAGCCUCCCAAGCCCCCUGCGGUGAACCUCCAGGUUUUCCGGAGACAGGCAGCUGCUGUUUCUGAGAUCCGAAGUGAAGUGACUGUGAAAGAGGACUCCCUGCCUCUAGAGAGUGCUGAAUUUGAAGAACCACAUAAUUAUGAGGCGACAAUUUCAUAUCUGAGACACUCUGGCAACUCCAUUAACCUGUGCACUGCAGAAGAAAUUGCUGAUGCAACUUACGAAGUCAGACUUGAAGAACUCCAACAGCCUUGGAAGAAUGUGCCACAUGAGGAACACAGCUCUGAAUAUGACGACAAAGACGUGAAGGGAAAAGAGCCACACGAAUUGGAAGCUCAAAAAAAUGAAAAAGAUCAGCCUUUCAGGCAUCCUUUCAAGGUAGAUGCCUUUGAAGAAACACCUGGAAAAAUGAUGAUUGGAAUCCAUGGAGACAGAAGCAGCAUGCUGGCUGGGCAGCAGGAAGCUGUGACUGAUGUCAACCAGAUGAAAGCCUGCUCUGGGGGCCCAAAGCUACCUGGUUACUCCCUAGGCUAUGGUGGCUACGUGGAGGCUGUGGAGGGGGCUAAGGAAAUCCCAGAGCCAGGGGCCUUUCCGCCAAGUCCCAUUUUGGAGGACAUGUAUGAUGAUGUCGAGUGUCCCAGAAGAGAACGACCAAAGUCGGACUUCUCUAACUCCUUCAGUUCAGAGAGUGAAGAAAAUCAUGAAGAAAUGUAUGAAGAUAUCUACAAAACAAAGAAUAGCUACUCAAUGAUGGAUUUAGAUGGAAAAGAAGCACUUAAAAGACUGCAGCGGUUCUUCCAGAAAGAAAAGGAAAGGUUUAAGAUGAAGAAAGCCAAGCCAAAGGAAAACAUAAGUGCAAUUUCCAUUUCGCUGCCUGAUUUAGAACUUAGACCUCAGGAAGUUAUUAUCUAUGAUGACGUGGACGUGAAUGCAAAAGAGACAAAAUCCAAGAAUGCUACAGUUCAGUUGGCUCAGUCUGUGUCAAGAGAUGAAGAUAAACUGAAAACCUGGAAGCCCAAGUUUUUGAUAUCAAAGGAAAAAAAAGAGAAAAAAAGUGCUGAAGCAUCAGAAAGUUUUUCUCCCAGAAAUUUCUUCAGAAUCAAGAAGCAAAACUUAGAAAAGAACAGAAUAGAAAGAGAAGAAAAGCUUUUUAGGGAAAAAUUUGAGUACGACAAAGAGAUUGUUGUCAUCAACAAAGCAAUAGUGUGCUCCAAUAAUACAAGAAAUGGAAUAUUUGAUUUGCCAAUAACCCGUGGGGAAGAACUGGAAGUCAUUGAUAUUGCUGAACAAAAUCUAGUGAUAUGUCGCAAUUCUAAAGGCAAAUAUGGAUAUGUGCUCAUUGAACAUCUAGAUUUCAAGAAUCAAGGUUGGUCACCUUAGGAAAGUCAAGAUGCAAUGCCAGGGGCUGUACUAGCCCCAAAUCUCAGUCCUGCCUCAUAUCAGUUCCAGUUUACACAUGAAAAUGAGAUGCACUUGUGGCAACUUUGGUUCAGAAUGUGGAAGAGAAAGACAAAGGCAAACUCUCCAUAUUUUGAUGCAGGUUUCACUCCUGAAGGGUUAUCUUUCAGUGUCUUUUUCAGUACAUAUUUCACUCCAGUUCAGGAGAAUGUGAAACUGUAUGUGUUAGCACUGUAGCACUUGCUUAAUGAGCCACAUCCAAAGUUAGAAACCAUGCCUUCUGGCACCUCGGCAGUUGUGCAGAUGGUUAGUUCGCUUCUAAUAUUAGUACACAAGUGUUUUGAAUUUCUAGAUGUUAUGCAUUUAAAUAUGGCAUAAUUAAAUUCUGAACAAUCAAUAAUAUAGCCAAGGUCUUUCAAAUACUCAAAUUGAAGAUGUAAUCUUAAAAUAUUUAUGGCAGCCUUUUUAAAAGUCAAGAUAUAAGUGUCUUCUUUCUUCAUCAAAAAAUAAAAUCCUAUGACUGCUACUCAACAUUAGUUUCCUUUGGGAAUAGUUGGCUGAGAAGAAAUUUAUUCCUAAUUUCACACAACAUCAUUUUAAGAAGUGCCUAAGUAUAUUUAACAAUCUAAAUAAUACAUGUAUGUGCUGUGUCACUUUAAAACAUCCUAUUCCCCAAAAUAAGGAAAAUUGUUGUUAUUUUGUCUAUGCCUGAAUAUUUAUUCAAAUAUAAUUCAAAUGUAUUUUCAUUUAUGUGAAAAUAAAAAUUAAA